UGCGGCUGGAAAGAUGGCGGAGUUGGACAUUGGGCAGCACUGCCAGGUGCAGCACUGCCGGCAGCGAGAUUUUCUUCCAUUUGUGUGUGAUGGUUGUUCAGGAAUAUUUUGCCUUGAACACAGAAGCAAGGACUCUCAUGGUUGUCCCGAGGUCAAUGUAAUUAAGGAGAGACCGAAGACAGAUGAACACAAAUCUUACUCAUGCUCGUUCAAGGACUGUACAGAAGUAGAGCUUGUGGCAGUCAUCUGUCCUUACUGUGAGAAGAACUUUUGCCUAAGACACCGUCAUCAGUCGGAUCACGAGUGUGUAAAGCUGGAGAUCCCAAAGCCCCGAAUGGCUGCCACACAGAAACUUGUCAGAGACAUUGUUGAUGCCAAGACAGGAGGGGCAGCAAGUAAGGGACGGAAAGUCGCGAAAAGCAGCGGAACAGCCGCCAAGGUGGCGCUGAUGAAGCUAAAGAUGCAUGCUGACGGGGACAAGUCUCUGCCUCAGACAGAAAGAACAUACUUCCAGGUAUACUUACCAAAGGGGAGCAGAGAGAAGAGCAAAGCCAUGUUCUUCUGCCUGCGGUGGAGCAUUGGGAAGGUCGUAGAUGUCGCAGCUUCUCUAGCUAAUCUCAGGAACGAAAACAACAGGCUGACAGCGAAGAAGCUGAGGCUGUGUCAUGUCCCUUCCGGAGAAGCCUUGCCUUUGGAUCACACAUUGGAGAGGUGGAUCACGAAGGAAGAGUGCCCCUUAUAUAACGGAGGAGAUGUGAUUUUGGAAUACCUUAAUGAUGAAGAACAGUUCUUAAAAAAUGUUGACUCCUACUUAGAAUAGUCAUUCAAGGAUCCAAGCCAGCACCAUCCUUACAAGCAGAAAUCAUUCCAAAUAGACAGACAGUUUCUUUUACUACAGAUACUUUCUAAAAAAUCUCAAAGUUGCUGUCUUAAAAUUUGUUUCCAUUAGGUCAUAAUUUACAGCAGUAGUUUUUCUACUAAGUUCCAUGUUUUGUGUUUUAAAGUUUAACUAUGUAUUGAUAGUUAUUAGCAAAGUAUUAUUAUUAGUAUUUUUAUGUUUCUGGGUUAGGCUGUAGAAAUGUCAGCAAAAGUGUCUUUCCUGUUAGACUAAUGCCAGCCGUUGACUGGCUGCUGUGUCAUGUUCUGUACCUUUACUCUGAGAUCCCACUCACACAACACCCACUUUUUUGUGAUUUCUAUUGCAUUCUACGGCAGAGGAAGACACAGAUGGCAGAUUAUAGCAGACUCUUGAUGGGGUCUUACAAGUGGUACUUGCCAUCAUUGUUUAAAGCAAGUCCUAUGAUGAAGCUUAAUAUUAUGGGGCCAGAACACAUAGCCUUACCGUAUACCUAAAUCGUGAUGUAUGGAUUGCAGAAUCUUGCAAAUCCUCUCACUCAGUCGUCCAGGCAUUGGAUGAGACACCAUAUACCUAAGAAGGGAAAGUUAUUUUUUUGGUAUCAUGUAAUUGUACUGGAUAUAUUUCUGGUAAGGAAUUUUCUCCAGUAGGAUUAAUCUUUUUGUUGGCAUGAAUGUAUUACAGAUGAGAACAGCAAAGGAAUAGACUGACUUUGUUACAGUCUGGCUUGCUGUACCAAAGCAAGACAAUUGUAGGGAUGAUAUUUAAAAAAUGGCACCCAGUCCAGCUUGUUCCCGGGCAGCCACCAUGUUCCCACUGCUCCUCGGCUCUGACUGGGGCUCUGGCUAGCUAGAUGCACAGGCCCUGGCACCCAUGAGACACCAGCAUGUAGGAUGGCACUGCCAAUCUACCACACUGCAUCCACAAAGCUCACCUGAACCCCCAGACAAUACCCACCAUCCUUGCAGUACCUGGUAGAAAUGAGACUCUUAAAGCUUAAUGGUUAUCUAAAGGAUUUAUAUAUUUAGAAAUGCUCAAUCAACAAGAUGCCCACACAAUUAGAGUUGUUACCCAAUAUCUAACCUUUUGAUAGAAGUUGCUACCCGGGACAGCUUUCUUCAUGGUCCAUAGCCUCCUUCUCCUCCCCUUCCUUUUUUCCUCCCCUCCCCUUCCUUUCUUUUUCUCCCAGCUCCACCUCCUCUUCUACUGCCUAAUCACUGAGCUCCACUGUGAAUCCUGCUACAGACAAUUAUUGCAUUUUAUCUAUAAAUUGAAAUAAGUCCUCUUGGGGAAUGCUUUCUGUCUAUACCUGAGGAGAAUGAACGUUUUCUGUCUAUACUGGAUGAAGGACUGACUAUACACACUGGGGAAGGAAAGCUGUAACCCUGCCCCUUUCUGUACCAAUUUUCACAGUAGUGGGUUAAUUAAAGAGUAAACUUGCUUUUA